AAUCUGCAGCUGACUUCUACGACUUAAUGAUGCGAAACGACCCCAAUGAAGAGGCAAGCAAUAUUCCUUUUGAAGACCUUAGUGUGGACUCUUUUGAUGAGAAUGAAAACACGCUUACGAUUGAUGAGUUUUUUGAAAUCACAUUUGGAUCCGAUCCACUGGAUUUUGAUUCCACUCAAUUUGUUACAGAAGAAUUGACGGUGGAAAUAGUGAGUAAAUGCGUGGAACGCGCUCUCCAAAACUCUUCACACGGGAUUUUGCGGGACCUGUUUCCUUUUCUUAUCGAUAUCCUUAGCCGCACAGUUUCCCUUCGCAAAUUGGUCGAUUGUAUUCGCCAAAUUCUCCGACACAAUCGUAAUCAUCAACGCUUGGGUCGCUUAGAAACCUGCACCGGCCGUGAUUUUCUGGUUGCUUUCCUGAAUCAAGUACCAGAAAAAGCUAUGUCUAAGAUGCUGAAUACUCUCGUCUCUUCUAAUAUACCUAUUCCGAUACUUUUGACCGAUCAGCUGGGAUCAUAUCCUAAGGGUUUGACGGUUCUUUCUGGAUUGCGUGAAUUGGUAACAGCAAAAAAGUAUUGCCUUCUCCUUUCAUUCAACUUGACGACUAGCGAAAUAAGUCCUCCUUUUUCAAAACAAUUGUAUCCAACUUUGAGCACAAAUCGGGAAGAUAUCAUGUCUAUCUCUCAUCCAGGAUCAAUUGAUAUCUCUUUUCAUUCAGCAUCUGAAAAUCAUCUUCGACAACCGGUUGCAAUAGCUGAAGUAUAUAACAGCGAAACACCAUCCCAAUUCAUGAAUGGUAUUGUGAACAGUUUCUCACAGUACGCCUUCUUUCUAAUAAUACAUGUAUCUGAUGACGAUUUCAAUGGUGAUGAAAUCAGCCAAGAACUAGAAAAUCAAAUCCUCACGAUUUCCACGGAUCGAUAUUCCGAAGAAAAACGCAAAAUUUUAGUAUUAUACAAGGAUACCCAAAAAAAGAAGGGACAAAAAGCGCGCGAUACAUUAAACAAGCGAAAGUAUUUGAUCGAACGAGCUCUUAAAUCAAGAUUUAGUGGUGACGAGAUUGGCUUCAAGAGACUCUCGACAUCUAAAGGUCAACAGCAACUAGAUGAAUUAAAGACAGAUAUAUUUAAUGCUAUUUUGAAAGUGAAAUUGUUAUAUUUGCAUCCACCUCUUACACUUAAUAGUUUCUAUGCAAUUCCCGAUGUUACUCAAGUUGUUGUUUGGCCCGGCGUGAUGACUCACAGAAUUUUUGCCCAGUGCAUGCGGGACGCCGGCUUCGUUAAUGGCCUUAGUGAUUUCCGGCGCCGUCUUAUUUUCCCUGCCUCAUAUGUUGAACACGAAAUUGAAAAUCUUCGGGAUAAGAAACAUUUGACAACAUUGGAGGAUAACUACAAAUUCAUAACUGAAGAGGAAUUACUUCAGAGAAUUAAAAGUUUAGAAUCAGAUAAAUUGGCAAUAGGUGACGCGUCACCUUUAUCCAUACUAUCCUUAUUUACAGAAGGGAUUAAAAAAAACGACAUAUGUAAAAUGCGCGCAUUUGCUCGCGACGUCGAUGACUUCUUUAAAGAACAUUUACACAACCUCUCAAUGUUGGAUCAAUCCGAAGAGGUUACUCGGCAACGUAUCAAACAGCAGAUUGAAGAUAAUGACAUCUCAAUCCAUGAUUUUUGGCGGGAAUUGGUUAUUCUCGCAAAGACCAUGGUUACAAGAGACACUACUGUUUCCCAAAAACUUUAUUCCGUUGACAUCAAGACUCUGGAGAACGCCUACCGAACUUGGGUAACAGAAGGAGAGUCUAUGCAAAUGCUAGAUGGAUUAUCACUCCGAGCGCUCAAUCCUGACUUCCUAUCAAAUGUUUUGACAUCAAUAAUGACGGAUCUAAACCGUCAACUACUUGUCAUAUCUGUUAUCGGCUUAGAGAGCUCAGGCAAGUCUACUUUGUUGAACUACCUGUUCAAAUGCGGUUUUUCGACUUCGGCUAGACGAUGUACAAAGGGAAUGUAUAUGUCAUAUCGCCAUACUGUGUUUAACGGACAACCAAUUGACCUCAUUGUACUGGAUUCAGAGGGUAUGGGGUCUACGGCUCAGAGAUAUAUCACCAGGCGUACAAAUUUUGACAAGAAACUCACGUUACUUGCUUUAAUGUGCUCCCAAAUCGUCAUCAUUAAUACCAAGGGCUUAACGCGUGAUAUCACCAAUAUCCUUGAGGUUUCCUCUUAUCAUUUGGACGUAUUGAAAGCCAGCAGAUUAAAACCGAGAUUACAUUUUGUACUGCGUGACAUGAUGGAUAAAGCUGAUGCCCAAAAGCCAGCUUUUCUAGACAUUCGCACAAGUCUCGAAGGAAUGUUUCGCCAAAUUCCUGGCUGCACAGGAGAUUUAGACGACUUUAUGACGGUAGAACAAAAGGAUGUACACCUAUUGGUGAAUGCUUUCUCAUCCUUUAAUGAUGAUUUUCGACCGCGGGCUGAUAUUAUCUCAGAAACUUUUCCUAUCAAAGUAUCCAACUUACGCCAAGCCCUUCUUGCGUCGGUGCUUGAUUUAGCUUACGAUUCAGACACAAAAAUGUUUGAUGACGUCAAUGGCUUUAUUGUACAAAUGAAAACAACAUGGGGGAUGAUUGAUGCCAGGGGUAGUUUCCUCCACUUCAAUGACUUUAAAGAAAUUCAAAAGUGGAAUGGAAUGCAAACAAUUGUCAAAAAUUUUCAAAAGCAUUUAAAACCAUUCCGUGAUGAAGUAAACAAAAUCAUCGAGAGUUACAUUGAGAAGCUCAAAGCGAAUUAUAAUCAAUCAGAUCAAAUCCACGACAAGUUUUUGACGAAUCUAUCCGGGAUUGAAAAAUCGCAUCGGGAGAAAUCGCUGCUUAAAUUCAAUCAGCAAGCUGCUAAUCAGUUUGAUGCCAGAAUUAAAGAAGAGGGACGAAAUUUGAUCCACAUGAUGUUCGCCACCGAUAAACUUAGUCUCGAAGCAAGAUGGUAUGAAGAGGAACGGAAAUACAAAGAAAAGUCACUUAUAGAUAAUGCUGUGGAAGACUUUGGUCGACGAAUCAGAAUCAACUCACUUCAAGAUUUGGAAGAGUUGAGACGUAACCAAAAUAAACGUGACCAAUUAUUCGAUGAUACGUGGAAGAAGGUGAAACAAUCUCACGAAAAUUUCGUGAAAAGCAUUGGAGACAUUAACCAACUUGAACAACUAGUGAAUUCAUUCAAUGAAGCAAUUAAAGUAGGCCAGAGCACGACCAAUUCUCAAAAACCAGGGUUUCAACAGAAGUUCAACAGAAAAUUCUGGAUGUCGCUUGAGAUGCCCGCUACAUUGGCCACAGAGGGUAUCGUGGUGAACUACGAUGUCGUUUCCAGUUUAAUUGUUGUAAAUCCUCUAAAACCUCGCGGUUAUACAAAUAUAGUCCAAGGGGCUCUUAAUUUAGCAGAUGUCAACUCGGUCAGAACAGGUGCUAUUCAGAAGGUUCUCAAAGAGGUCAAAAAAAUCACGAAUGAAAUUUGCACCGAAAUCAAAAUAAAAAAAUCUGUGCGAAUUGAAUACGGCAAGACGCAUAGUUGGCUUCAAAGGUUAUGCAAUGGACUUUUCAAUGUUAUUGGAAAUUUGAGCCAUUCUCAUGUCAAAUUUUUGCCACAGAUUAAUGAUUUUAAUCCAAUUGAGAAAUACUUUCGGCUGGAAGUGUACAAAGUUCUAAGGCAAAAUAUGGAAAAGUGGCACGCUGUACAAAAGAAAAAACUAGAUAAUCUAAAAAAAGGUCUCCAAUCAAGUUUCACUGAUUGCUUAUUAGAUCAUUCUGCUAAAAAUCUGUCUUUGGAAUUGACUAAGCAUAUCCUCGAAAUGGUAGCCAAAAGCCUUUCAGCCCAUGAAUCAACAAUUAGAGAUGAUGUUGAUAAUUAUUUGAAAGAAAGCUGGGUGAACAAGUACGGCGUGACCCAUUGGGCGCAUAUGCAAAGUUUCGGUAAAAGGGAUCAUAACGCCGUUCGCGAAUAUCUCACCAACCCCGAUAAGUUUACUCGGAGAAUCUUUAAUGAAAAAUGCAAAUAUAAGAUUAAUAUACUCGUGGAUGACAAGUUUAGAGAGAUUAAGCAAAAAAUCAACGAAAUCGAAACGCUCCUCACUUCGGAAGUUGCCAGAGUAUGGAGUCACAGCCAAAAGUCUAGUAUCAAAGUUAUGUUGGAAAAAUCUCGGGGAAAUACCAUGUACAAUUAUUUCAAAGGGUUCUCGUCCGAUUUUGGAGAAUAUAAUGUUGAAGAUCCCAAGAAAUUUUGCGAAAUUUUCAAAAAGGAAUUGAAGAAUAAUUUCGACAAGCUUCGUAGCCAAUGGGAAACUGAGGCGCACAUUGAAAUAUCGAAGAGUCGUCUUAAGAAUUACGCCGAUAAAACAAUCGAAGCGAAAUGGGACAUCUUGGAAGGUUGUACUGCGCGUUGUCCUACUUGUGGUUCUAAAUGUGAAGAUAUCAAAGGCACCAGUCAUACACAUCAUACCUCUACACAUAUGAUGGUGGCUUUUGGAGGACAUAAGUGUAGUCACAGCGGUAAUGCAACCUUGCUUGUUUGCUCUGAAAAAGCAUCGCACACUAUACAUUGGCGAAGUAGCACAACUUUGCAACUUGUAGAGUUAAACAAGUUGAUGGAAGUCAACCAACCCCCUUGGUUAAAAAUAGUGCCUAAAGAUGUUACGGAUACCGAAAUAAUAAAUAUGCGUAGUGUGUGGUGGCAUCUUAGAAAGGAAUGGCGUGAAAAAUAUGGUAUGAAGGACGCAACGCCAGCGGAUUGGGUUAAAUAUGCAAAAUGA